AUAGUGUCUUCUUCUUGUAGAAUGUAGAGCCUCAAGGUUCUUGACAGAAAUGAUAAGGCUUUUUGUCGUUGGCUUUUCAGAUGCAAUUCCUUGAUUUGUCAUUUUCUUUGAUUUCUUAAUCGUUUCAAAAGGGUUUUUAAACAUAUAAUGGAAGAGCUCAGUAAAGGAGAUCUGGAGCCUGGUGAUGAGGAUUCAAACAAUUUGGAUGUUGUGCCUCUCACUGAAGCUCAUCUGUCCCAGCAAAAUGUUGAGAUUGAACUUGAAUCUUUCCGUCAACGUUGGAAAGAUGAGCUUUCUAAGAACCUGAAUGAGACUGGCAAUGGAACACAAGAAAGCCAAAGCUUUACUCAGCAAAGUUACACAAAAGAUUCUAAGAGAUUUAUCUCAAAGGAUAAAAGUUGUGGCAUCUCAUCUCAGCCUAAACAGUCUAAGCAAUGUUCAGCUUUUGCUGAAAAUGCUACUAUUGCCAAUUCUGUACCCUCAAGUGCCAACAAUGAUAGUUUCAGUGUAAAUAUUUCAAAUGAUGCCAUUAGAUUAGGAGCUUUUAUUGAGGAAGAGAAAGAGCAAAAGGCGCGCAGUCUCUAUGUGAGAGGAGUGGAGCUGGAGAGAGCAGGAAAGCUCUAUGAAGCCAUCCAGGAAUACCGUCGCGCCAUGCAGCUUGUGCCGCACAUUGAGAGUAUCGCUGUAUCACAAGGCUCGGGUGAUGGGGAAUCCGCCGAGAGUUGCAGCAACACCGCCAGUGAGGACGACGAGGGCAGCACAGGCGCUGACGAGGAAGUUGGUGUACGCGGUCAUAUUGUGUCCCACAUCAGCGCCCUGCUUGGGCCCAACGCUCCUGUCUGCCAGAAAAGACAUCAACAGCAGAGCACGCACUUGAGCAGGCUUCCUCUGGAGAUCAUGGAGCAAAUCAUGUGCUGGGUGGUGGGGGGAGAACUGGACAUGCGGUCACUCCACGCGGUGGCCGCUGUGUGCCGGGGCUUCUUCCUCCUCUCCAGAUCUGAGACGCUCUGGAAGAAAGCUUGUCAAAGAGUUUGGGGACCUGACUGUGCUCCAUGUGGCAGCGAUGACGACACAGCAGUUGAUGCUCUCGCUAAUUACAGCUGGCGAGACAUGUACCUAAAGCGCCCUAAGCCCAGAUACAAUGGGUGCUACAUCUCUAAAAUAUCAUACUUCAGGUCUGGAGAAUGCAAUUUUCAUGACCAAAAUUACCAACCGUGGCACCUCGUUGUUUACUACAGAUUUUUCAGGUUCUUCCCUGGUGACGUUGUUCUGAUGACCACCACAUCUGACCAGCCACAGGCCGUCGUGGCGCUCCUCGCCCACAAGGACCCCAAGCAAUCCCAGGUUCUGGCUGGCCGUUACACGCUGGAAGGCUCUUUGGUUCACCUCCACUUCAGACGCUACAGCAACUCGAAGCGGCCGCUCCAGAGGACUCGCAGAAGAAGAGGUCAAGGCACCACUGACGUCGCUGAGACUCACUUCAACAUGACGUUAGAGCUUUGCAACGCACGUCAGGGAGGGCGCAACUGGUUCCUACAGUGGCGCAGCUACAGCAUCAGCAGCGUGCAGUUCAGCGGUGUUAUCCAGUCAGCUGAUGUUGACGUCACUCAGCUCGACUCCUUCCCUCAGCUCGCCUUCAGCAGGGUUAAGAGCUACACCAGAGAAGCUAUGGAACCUCUUAAAUGAAAGUAUCACAUCCUAAGUAUUUCAACCAUUCAGCAGGGUUAAGAGCUACAUUAGAGAAGCUAUGGAACCUCUUAAAUGAAAGUAUCACAUCCUAAAUCAACCAAGCUCAUGAAAUGCACAAGAGAUUUGAAUCCUUGCUACUGACAUUCAUUUCCAUUGUCACUCUCUGUACUAUACAUUUUAUGACCUUAUACACUUUAUCUUCGUUUGGGAUGUCUUACGCGAGCGCUUCAGUUAGGCAACUACUUUUAAUCGAUUUUGCUUUUCAUUUGAAUGAUUCUUGUGUUAUGAGAGGUUUUACAAUUGGUAUCAAAACUAUUUUGGGACUUUUGUAGUUCAAAAGAACGUCUUAUGAUUUAAAUAACACUUUUUCUCUUUUGAUCUGUGCGGUCAAAAGAGAAAAAGGCCCAAGAUUCGCUUCGGCUUUUCUCUGAGUCUAUUGACCGCUUGAACUUCAUCUACAAAUCAUGACGACAAAGUAUUAUUUCGAGCAGUCAUUACUGAUGAUUUUGUCUAUUUUAUAUUCAUGUUCAUAACCGUUACUUCAGGUGGACAGCGAUAUUGCUUUGCGUGUAAAUCUGUUAGUUAGCUCGCAUGAAGUAUAUUGUAACACCUUGUACUGGAAUUAUUUUCAAGAGAAGUUAACAAUAAUACUAAUUCAGACAUCGGUUUCAAAGAAGUCCCUGGCGUUCUAAAUGACCUUAACCAAUAAAAUAAGAAGUUUGCAACUUGUUACAAUUGCUCAUUGUCAUAUUUUUAUUACUUUAUUGUUUAAUAAUUACUUUCAUUACUUUAUUAUUGUUUUAUGAUUGAGAAUUCAAAUAUUUACCGGAGAUAUAACGAUACGAACAUGUACAUUUAUUACUUAACAAACUUUUUGAAGUCAGAAUUUAGCAAUCUGUUUGCAGACGAUAAUGUAGUCUGUGUACAAAAGAAAAUUGUGAUCUCCUAUCAAUGUUUUCAUUAAAUGCAAUAAAUUUU